AUGUCGUAUGAAAGGAAAAUGGCGGCAAGCGAACUGGGCGGGUUAUCUCAAAGUGGGAAUGGAGUGGUCCUUGAUUUACAGAAGUUUCAACUGACACCCAUGGAUACUGUUAAUGCUGAACAUUUGGAGCUCUUAAUAUUGUCAUCCAAUCCUGAGAGUGGUAUUGACAAGAGUUGCAGUGAAUCUGAGAAUGUUUCCACUGCUGUUGAAGUGGAAACUGUGAUGAUAGCAGAAGAAGCUGGAAUACUUGUUCCAGAUGAUAGUACUUCAUUGGCUGAAACUGCUGAAGGAAGUAGCUCAUAUAAAGUUAACACUGUGGGCGACAAGCAGUUCAAAUGUGAACAGUGUGACAAGAUGUUCUCAGGAGCUUCCAGUCUAAGCCGACACAUUAAAACCCACAGCAACAUAAAGCCAUUUAAAUGUGAUGAGUGUGAUAAAGUUUUCUCCAGAUUGUCAAGCUUGAAGAGACAUCAAAACUCCCAUGCUGCAGAGAAACCUUUUAAGUGUCAAGUAUGCGGAUCAAGUUUUAUCCAGAACUCUGAUCUGAAAAUCCAUGAAAGAACUCACACAGGUGAAAAACCAUUUUCGUGUGAUCGAUGCGAGAAAGCAUUUGGAUGCAAGAAACGGCUCAGGGCUCACUACAGGAUGCACACAGGAGAAAAACCCUACAAAUGUCCACAAUGUGAGAAGAGCUUUUCAAUGAGGAAAAAUGUGAUUCAACAUAUUCGGAUUCAUACUGGAGAGAGACCCUACACUUGUGAAGUGUGUAAGAAAAACUUUCGUCACCAACACACACUCAAAAAGCAUUUGCAACUUCACACAGUGAGACCAAAUUUUACAAAAUUAAG